AUGCAAGGAGUAUUCGUCCGCGCCGUCGAUAGAGGCGGCCUGACGUGGGAGCAAUAUUCUCAGAGUAUCGAGGCUUGGCGCACAAAGGGAUCCGACACUGAUUCUCGACCAAAACCGGAGACGAAUCCCAGCCAAGCCUCUACAGGCGCUUCAAAUAACGUGUUGAAGAUCGCUCACUUCAAUGACGUGUACCAGGUUUCUAACCAAAAGCUCAAAGAGCAGAACGUCGACGUGAUGAAGUUCGCUACGAUGCUCUCUGAUGUCAGGAAAAAGUGGGCGGCGGAUGGCAUCAAGGAGGGGUUGACGAUCUUCUCUGGAGAUACGUUUUCACCGUCAUUCCAGAGCGCCGUCACCAGGGGAAGACAUAUGGCAUCCGUCAUGAAUGCACUGGACGUCGAAAUCAGCGUCGCAGGAAACCAUGAGUUUGACUUCGGGUAUCGUCGACUCUCUGAGCUUAUUGAAGCGACAAACUUUCCUUGGCUCCUCAGCAAUAUCAUCGAUACGAACACUGGCUCAGUUCCGGAACCUAUGAAGUCGUUCCACGUGUUGGAGAAGUCCGGAGUACGCAUAGGAUUCAUAGGUCUCGUGGAGAAGGCGUGGAUCGCAACUAUUACGGGCUGGCCAGACAACUUUGAAUGGAAGGACACGACCGAAGUUGGACUGGAGCUCUCCAAAGUGCUUCGUGACCCCGCGGGGCCUCACAAAUGUGACAUGGUCUUCGCCCUGACGCAUGCUCGUAUUCCAAAUGAUAUCAAAAUGGCUGAAGAACUCUUCGCGCUUUCUCCUAAAGCGCAGGCCGGUACUGAUAUCAUCUCACAGCAUGGAGUGGAUAUUUUGCUUGGAGGACACGAUCAUAUCUACUGGAUCUCAAAGGGUUUGCGAUCGUGGGAUGGCUACGACGUCAACGAAACGAACCUCGACGCACAGACCGACAAAGGCGACACGCUCAUCAUCAAAAGCGGGACGGACUUCCAAGACUUAAGCGAGGUGACGUUGACGCUCAAGGAUACCCCGCCUGGAAGCGUCAGGAGAAAGGUUAUUGAGUCGAUCAAGGGCGUGAGACACGUCACCACCGGCGACCUAGCCGUUGAUCCCCACAUGAAGAAUAUCAUCGAUGGAGAGCUCGCUGAGCUCAACGCAGCUAUGGCAGACCCUAUCCUGAUUAGUGAAGUGGAGCUCGAUGCACGCUCUCUGACUGUUCGCACUGGGGAGGCUCCUGUUGGAAACUGGAUCGCGGAUUGCCUCAGGCCCGCGUAUAACGACGUUCUCGAAAAGUCCGGGUAUCCACCAGUAGACGGUGUCAUUGUUUGUACGGGGGAUAUUCGAGGAGACGCCACAUACUCUAAAGGACCAAUCACCCUCGGCGACCUCAUGCAAAUGCUGCCCUUCACCGAUCCAACAGUCGUUGCCGAGAUGACCGGAGAUGCUCUAUGGACAGCGAUGGAAUCUGGACUCUCUAAAUGGCCCGUUCAGGAAGGUCGUUUUCCUGCAAUAUCCGGUUUCCGAGUGGAGUGGAAGUCAUCGAAUGAGUCCGGAAACCGCGUUCAGGGGAUCUGGCUUCAGGAAGAAUCUAAGGAAGUUGGUCCCGACGGAAAGCUCAAGCUCGUCGACAAGGAAGAGAUUCGGCGUACCUCCGAUCGCAAGUAUCUCAUAUCCGUGGGGGAGUACAUGGCACAGGGCGGAGACGGCUAUGAUGUCCUCAAGGAUCAGAAGCUCAUUAUCGAUGGUGAGAAUGGCCAAUCAAAAAGCACAUUGAUUAGGAAGUUCUUGCUCGGUAAGCGAAGAUCGGUUACAACAAACGCAGCGACUUACCACUGGCACAUACGUUUUCAGGGGCUCAUUUCGUGA